AUGUCUCGUUUGGAGACUACGCCUGCCAAUCCCACCCAUGGGCCUCCGCGCAGAGGAGCCGGUGAACCCAGAGCGGUUGCCUACAAAGUCCCAUCCAGAUACAAGUAUCAUAUUCAAAAAGACUGCAUACCCGCCUCUCACUUCCACCAUCGACUCACGGUUACCAAGAUCACGUUCUCGGAGUACCAGUUCCGUACCUCGGCAGAUGCAAGCGACAGUCUUUGUGCCUGGGUCAAAGAACUGCUUGAACUUAAUAAACCAAUGGGCAAGGUGACCUUGAUUGAGAUUCCGACGCGCUCUUCACCCGAUGGCUUUCAACUGCCUAAUCACCAGGUCUUUGUCUACGUCAAGGGAGACAUUACCCCCGAAGCCACUGGACUUGGCCGUCAACAUUCUCUUCCUCACCACCAACGAAACCCGGUCAGGGUCCACUGGACAGCUCACGGAGAUCCCAACUUCUGCAACUACUGCAAGAGCGAAGGCCACGUCUUGGGUUGCUGGUCAUCUUCAGGCUCAAUGUGA